CUUCAGCUCUGGGGACGGCUGCAGCCGCAGCUGCUGCUGCUGUGGGUGAAGAGGAGGACGAUGAGGAAGCAGAGCCAAUGAUCGAAACCCAGAAGACCGUGGAUGAAGCAGAGGACCGGGAAGAGGAGGUGGAGGAAGACGACGAUGAGGAGGAGAAGGCCACGGUGGACGUCAUCAAACCUCUGCCUGAACCUGAGGAGAGGAAGGAGGAGAAGGAGAAGAGUGAAGCCACAGUCUGUCCAUGCCUGCACUCAGCCAAGACCAAAGAAGCUGCCACCAAAACUGAGGAGAGACGAGAACCUUCCAGAAGGGUCACAGCAGUGCAUCGGAGAAAAGAGCGUGAAGCUGUGAAGACGGAGGAGAAGCCCAAAAGAAAAGCUCUUCCCAGAAUUGUCAGCAUGGAACCUAAAGUCAGGAGGAUCAGGAAAAUCCCUGCUCUGCUCCGAGCCAAGAGAGAGGAGAAACCCAAGACUGUCAAAGCAGCGAGACAGGUGCUGGAGACCAAAAGACAGGACGAGGUCACAGAACCGGGUCACGAAGUGGGCCCCUGCAAACCUGCACCAGUCUACUGUCCGUCUCCACCUGGCUGGUACGUUCAUCACAUUGUCACUGACAACCCCUACCCUCCUCCCACCCCCUCAGCUCCAUCUGCUCCUGUCCUGACUGUCCACCCUGGAGCCCCCCCCAUGCAGCCUCUUUACCAACAGCCACUAAUGCACCCGCUGCAGUAUCAGCCCUUCCCUCUGCCCCUGAUGCAGCCGGUGAUGCAGCCUCAGCCAGAACCAGCUCCACCUGCUGACCCAGAGCCAACGGAGGCUGCAGAACCACAGGCUCCACGGGAACCAGAGGUUGAGACCCCAGCUGCUGAAGCUCAGAGCAGUGAAGCUGCUGCUGCUGCUGCUGCAUCCGACCCAGGGGAGCAGCCGUGA